CCUGCCGACUCCUUAUGUCACAAGUCACACACAUAUCUCUACUCAAUAAACAACAUGUUUAUACGAUCGACCGGCCGAAGGUUUGGCUUUUAACGGCCGAUCGUCGGAUCUUCAUUACAUAUAUGAAAUCUCCUCCCCUGCAAUUCUUACUAAUCUCUCACUAGAUCUCUCUCUCUCUCUCUAGAACCAGAACAUCAGAUUAACAUUUAUAACAAUAUAAUGAGUGAUCGAGCAACGUUGGCCAAGGCUAGAAGAGAGCUCGAAGAAUUGUAUCUUGGUGUCCCUGAUGAUUCUGUAAACCUAACUUUUCAAGAUUUUGCACAAGUGUCACAGAAUCAUGUAUCCACGGCAGCCGGCGGCACCAACCCCACCUCCACCGCAACCCACCAAAAAAAUGGAUUCAAUAUCUGAAUUAUCCACCCCAAAACACGAUCACUUUCCGCCACAACAUCUGGCCAAACUUCCCAGUCUUGAUUUCAGUAGAGCCUUAGAAGCGUCCUCCACCGCUCCGCCACAUCUCCAUUCGCCGGCGCUUGCGGUGCCGCCGGGGAGAAAUUACAGGCACCACCACCGAGUGGAGGAGGUAGUGCAACAUGGGUAUAGCCAUGGUGAUCAUCAUGAUAAUUAUGCUGCUGGAUCACACGAGCAUCAUGCGAUGAAGAGUCAUGGCCAUGGACAUGGACAUCAUGGGCAUGUUAUGGAGAAAAGCAUGGCGUAUGAUGAGAUGAGCAUGACAUCCAUGUAUCAAGAAAAGAGCGCACGACGUCGUCCUGGAAUCCCUCACUCCAAUAUUUGCACUGUCUGCAGUGUCUAUAUCUAUAUGUUUCGUAACCGUUGCCUUGUUUGUGGAAGAGUAUAUUGUAAACAAUGUUUGAAUAUCGGAAUGGGAGAGAUGACUGAAGGAAGAAAGUGUGUUGAUUGUGUUGGAAGAAAAUUCAGUCAACGGUAUAUACAUAGGGCAGGGAAUGUAGGGUGCUGGUCAAGCUGUUUCAAUGGGUACCCAAAUAGUGUGAAAAUACAAGAGCUUAAAUGGGCCGAAAGAGGACCUAGAAGAUCUGGACAAAAUAUGUAUAACAAGAGUGCAAUGAUGUCCACUCAAAAAAGCCCAUUGGGGACCCCAAGAACUCCAAAUCGGGCUCAUUUUACAAGCGGCCCACCUUCUUUUGUUACUACUCCCGAGUAUUCUCCUUAUGGCACCCCUUCACGUCAUCACCUUCCUUUCUAAAAAAAGAUAUAAAAUUACUCAUAAAUUUGGAAUAUUUUUUUGUUUUUUGAUUUGGGUUGAUCGUGUAAGAUAACAACUUAUUUUCAUAUUUUUACAGUUUAUGAAAACUUAUUCUUUUAUCAAUUGUAGCAGUGUAUUUUGUAAUUUGACCG